CGCCGACCUGGCAAGAUACUGCCUGCGCCUUCCCACGGGCAGAGGGGAAGUUUGGGGGAGGGGGGGGGGCCUCUGUACCCCUUCCCGCACCCCCAACCCACCCUCUUGCUACUGCAAUAAAUCCUGUCCGCCCGUGCCACGCGCCUGUGUCGGCGGGACCGGAGCUGCCGUCCCCGGGGGCCGGCGGAGGUUUGGGAUGGCGGCGGGGUCGGCGCUCACCACCUGUCCCCCUGCUCGCGCCCAGGAUGAGCCCAGGACAAAAGCGCGUGGCCCCGUGCCCACUGCCGGCCCCGCUGCCCCGAUGGGCAGGAGUAUUUAUGGCUCCCGGGGCACAGAGGUGCAGCGGCCGCUCGGGGCCCUUCGUGGGCACCGUCCUGCCUGGUGCCCUGCCGCGGGAGCGGGGACCUGCCGCUGGGGUUGGUCUCUGUCUCCUGGGGUCCCUGAGUGCUGACCCUCUCAGCCCCCAAAAUCUGUCCCCGCAUGGGAGCAGUGGGUCUCCCCCGUGGGAGAUCCCGAUCUGGCUCACGGAGCCAGCGGGACCUUGGUGCUGGCGCGAGGAGGCUGUUAAUCUCCUGGCUGCGUAGGAAGUGCUGCUGCUCUCCCUGAGAAUUCCUCCCCGCGCCUGGGGAAUUUGCUCCUCCAGCUGCCAACAUCAUCUUCAUCCUCGCCACCAAGCACCAGCUUGGCCGGAGCAGGGCUUGGGGCUCAGCGGGCUUCCCCGGUGGGUUCUUCUGCGGGUGUCGGGCUCGACUCCCCCCACUGCUCCCUGCUGAGCCAAACAAUUCGGGCCAGGGGCUGCAGCUAAGCCCCUGCUCUUAAAAUAGCACUGGGCUGAGCUCGCCCUUUUCCACGCCGCCCCCGGAUAUGGGUAAAUGUCAGCCCAGGGGCCACCAAAACAUCCUGAACCCCCAGUGGGGUGCAGACCAGGAGGGGCUUCGCUGCUGGUGCCGCGUGGACCCGGCUCGGCGUCCCAAGCGUGUCCCAGGGGAGUGCCAGGAAGAUGCACAGUGUCCCCAUCAUGCUGGCCAGGGUGUCCCGUUGCACCGGGGGAGCGGGCAGCCAGGACAAUGCAGAACCCCCCAUUCGCAGCCCUGCCACUGCUUUUUAUAACCACCCCAGCUGUCUCCAGGAGCCCAAAUAAGGCUGCGGCUGCCCGGACCCCCCCAGGACAGACAAUGGGUCUCGAGCACAGACUUUUUGGGAAGGUGGGGAGGCAGCUCGGCCCAAGAAAGGCAAAGCCCCCCGCACCAGCGGGCAGGGCAGGGUUGAUAAACCGGGCAGCGGGGUGUCAGGCAGCACUGCCGCCUUGCCUGCCCCUUGCCUGCCGCCCCGCCACCGGCGCCCGUGUCCCUCCGAGGAUGGAGGCCAUCAAGAAGAAGAUGCAGAUGCUGAAGCUGGACAAGGAGAAUGCCCUGGACAGGGCAGAGCAGGCGGAGGCUGAGCAGAAGCAGGCAGAGGAGCGGAGCAAGCAGCUGGAGGACGAGCUCGCCGCCAUGCAGAAGAAGCUGAAGGGGACGGAGGAUGAGCUGGACAAAUAUUCCGAGGCUCUGAAAGAUGCCCAGGAGAAGCUGGAGCUGGCGGAGAAGAAGGCGGCGGAUGCUGAGGCAGAAGUGGCAUCUUUGAAUCGCCGUAUCCAGCUGGUAGAGGAAGAGUUAGACCGAGCCCAGGAGCGCCUUGCCACAGCUCUGCAGAAGCUGGAAGAGGCAGAGAAGGCUGCGGAUGAAAGUGAAAGAGGCAUGAAAGUCAUUGAAAACAGAGCUCUGAAGGAUGAGGAGAAGAUGGAACUGCAGGAGAUCCAGCUCAAGGAAGCCAAGCACAUCGCAGAGGAGGCGGACAGGAAGUAUGAGGAGGUUGCUCGGAAACUGGUGAUCAUAGAAGGAGAUCUGGAGCGUACCGAAGAGAGAGCUGAGCUUGCAGAGUCUCGUUGCCGGGAGCUACAGGAGCAGAUCAGAGUGAUGGACCAGAACUUGAAGUGUCUGUCUGUUGCCGAAGAAAAGUACUCUCAAAAAGAGGAUAAAUAUGAAGAAGAGAUUAAGAUCCUGACUGAUAAACUCAAAGAGGCGGAGACCCGUGCUGAAUUUGCUGAACGGUCUGUAGCCAAGCUGGAGAAGACCAUUGAUGAUUUGGAAGAUGAGCUCUAUGCCCAGAAACUGAAGUACAAAGCAAUUAGUGAGGAACUGGACCACGCCCUGAAUGACAUGACUUCCAUUGCCCGAAGAGCCCUUCAUGAACCAAGUUUUGAUGAAAUGGGACACCUCCCGUGGUUUCCUCAGCCUGUCUGUCCAGUGUCCCAGCGUGUGGAUCUCUUCAGUGAUAAGGGUGGGCUCACCUUUGGAGUAAAGCCUACCUAGAGCGCUAGUUGCUGAUCUGAGCUCUCCUCCUGGCUUAAGGAACAUAUAAACUGAAAUCCACCAAAGAGGAGCAUCUCUGCACGCAAAGAAUGCUGGACCAGACUCUGCUAGACCUGAAUGAGAUGUAAUGGAUCCCUGCCACUGCCUCCGCCACACGAUGCCAGGGGGGCCAGCCCAGCCGCUGCUGACCUCUAACCCUUGGGGACCAGAGUUUACUUUUCUGUUGCCAACUUGACCAAACGCAAAUCUUCUCCUUCGCCUCAGGGUUAAAGGCCAUCAGGUUGGGCAGAGCUUCAAACAGCAUUAUUAAGGGAAAUAAACAAUGCAAUAAUGUUUGGGGAGCAUGUUUGAGAUGUAUACAUUUUGUAACUACCUUUUUUUGUAGCAACCAUUGUAAACAUUCCAAAUAACCCGUGGGGCUGGUGAGCUAUACUUCAAAGCUCUUGGCUUUAAAAUUUGGUAUUAACUUUCUGUUAAUCAGCUCUGGGCCACCCUGCUUUGGCAGGGGAGGAAAGAGGGUGUGAUGGUUCUGGCUGUGGGCCACUGAAUCGGAGUAGCUAGGCUAGGGAUGGAAGCCUGUUGGGAAAACUUGCUUUCCAGGAGCUGUUUGCCAAAAAAGCAGUUCAAUUUCUCAGCUUUAAGGCAACUCUGUGUUGUGGAAUGGCAACUCGGGUAAAAGGAGACUUUCUCUUUUUUGAGCCAAGCCUGUUAUCUGAAUAAUUGAACCUUCACAGGGGUUAUUUCCCUUCCCACUGUUGGCCACUUCCUUUCCUGGUAGGCUUAGAGAAGCCAUGGCCCCUCUAACCCAUUGCUACACAGGGGUUGAAUUUGCCUUCACCAAGUGAUGAUGCACCAAGCUUUAUCGCUCAUUGCUGGGUUACACUUAACAGCUUCAGUACAACAGCCUUGUUUUCUUGGAGAAGUUUUUUUGCCUACCCUGAGGGAGGGAACUGAGGUCUUCCCACCUGGCCAGGAGUGCUCUUAGUGUCUUAAUAAGGUACAAGCCAUCUUGCUGUGCAUUGCUGAUGUGUAGUCGUGAGGCAUGAGUGUGCAGAUGUGUCAAGCUCGCGGCGUGUAGCUUGUGGUUUGAGCAUGCUGCUUGGUCGUAGCAGUCUUCGGGGCCAAUCUGGAGAAAAGAACCCUAUCAAGUGUUUUGAUACUAAAUUGAGAAAUUGUCUUACUGUCUUUUGAAAUAAAAACCGAUCCCUCCA